CUUCAACAAGCUUCUUAGAAGGGGUAGUAUUGUACUAAGCUUAAGGAGCCUCCACCUUUCAGAAGACCUGCCUGUGUUUUGCGUGGGGGACCAGCUUCAUUGCCCCUGAGCCCAGGCGGGACUCCCCAACCUGGGACAGAAAUCGCAGGGCUAAGCGUUCCAGGCCACUGAUUGGCUUGCUCUGGAUCUGCUGGCAGGAACCUCUGCACACCUGCGAGCGCCCCUGCCGCCCCUGACGACACCUUGCGCCAGUCUCUAAGGCUGUGACACCGGGCGUGACCAGAGGGCGGCAGGCAGCUCACAAUGAUGGAGCAAUUGAUCGUGAAGAGGGACACCUGCGAACCAAGGUGCCACGGCAGGUGCUGCCCAUAGGCGCUGCAGGAAGGCAUAAAGGACGCGGCCCCGCCUUCCCCGCAGAGUUUUCGCAGCCUGCAGGAGGGAAGGACGUUCGAGGCGGACGCGUGAGGAUAUGGGGGUGCUGGCCAGUGCUGGUUUGUUGCUAUUGUUAGUCAUGGGCCAUCCCAGAAGCCUAGGACUGAAGUGUGGAAUGCGUGUGGUCAACAUGAAAAGUAAGGAAACUGUUGUGGGAUCUGGGUUCUUCUCUAGAAUUAGUAGUUGGAGAAAUUCAACAGUGGCUGGACAUCCUUGGCAGGUCUCCCUAAAAUUAAAUGAGCACCACUUCUGUGGAGGAAGCUUGAUUCAAGAAGAUCGAGUCAUUACAGCAGCACACUGCCUGGACAGCCUCAGUGAGGAGCAACUGAAGAAUAUAACUGUGACAUCUGGGGAGUACAGCCUCUUUCAGAAGGAUAAGCAAGAACAGAAUACUCCUGUCUCAAAAAUUAUUAUCCAUCCUGAAUACAACAGCUGUGAAUAUAUGAGUCCUGAUAUUGCACUGCUGUAUCUAAAACACAAAGUCAAGUUUGGAAGUGCUGUUCAGCCAAUCUGUCUUCCCCACAGUGAUGAUAAAGUUGAACCAGGGAUUCUUUGCUUGACCAGUGGAUGGAGCAAGAUUUCCAAAACAUCAGAAUAUUCAAAUGUCCUACAAGAAAUGGAACUUCCCAUCAUGGAUGACAAAACGUGUAAUACUGUGCUCAAGAGUAUGAAUCUCCCUCCCCUGGGAAGGACCAUGCUGUGUGCCAGCUUCCCUGGCGGGGGAGGGGAUGCCUGCCAGAGGGACUCUGGAGGACCCCUGGUUUGCAGAAGAGGUGAUGGAAUCUGGAUUCUUGCUGGGGUAACUUCCUGGAUAGCUGGUUCUGCUGGAGGUUCAGCUCCUCUAAGAAACAACUAUAUGAAGGCAUCACUUGGCAUUUUCUCCAAAGUGUCUGAGUUGAUGGAUUUUAUCACUCAGGACCUGCUCACAAGUUUGAAUCAGGGCCAACCCCUCUCAAAAAUGAGCCUAAGAUACCUAACAAAGGCCCUGAGUUCUGUUCAAGAAGUGAAGAGAAGCCAGAGAGGAGAGGAUAUGUGAAAUUGUAAACCUCAGUUGACAGUGUUAUUUGGAGAAAGUAGGAAGAUGCGUUACCCCCAUUCCAAAGGAGACAACUAUUCUCAUAAUUGCUUAUAUAUUUGGAAAAUACUGAUACCAGAAGAUAAAAUUAUCCUGCUAAAAUUUACAAGUUUAGACACGGAAAAGCAAGUUGGAUGUGAUCAUGACUAUGUAUCUUUACAAUCAAGCAAUGGAGUGCUUAUUAGUAAGGUCUAUGGAAAUACAGUGUCCUCACCAUUGCUGACAGAGACCAAUAAGGCCAUGGUUACAUUUGUUUCUGACAAAGAAGACAGUGGCAGUGGCUUUGAGCUUACUUUUACUGCUGUACAGAACUCAGAAGCAGGUGUUUCAGAGUCUUCAAACAAAACUGAACCAACGCCAACUCCCCAAACCAAUCCUAUAUCUACUGCAAAAGCUGUUCUGCAUGAUGUCUGUGGCAUUCCUCCAUUUAGUUCCCAGUGGCUUUCCAGAAGAAUAGCAGGAGGGGAAGAAGCCUGCCCCCACUGUUGGCCAUGGCAUGUGGGUCUGAGGUUUCUAGGUGAUUACCAAUGUGGAGGUGCCAUCAUCAACCCAGUGUGGAUUCUGACUGCAGCCCACUGUGUGCAAUCGAAGAAUAAUGCAUUCUCCUGGACUAUUAUUGCUGGGGACCAUGACAGAACCCUGAAGGAAUCAACUGAACAGGUGAGAAGGGCCAAACACAUAAUAGUGCAUGAAGACUUCAACAUACUAAGUUAUGACUCUGACAUUGCCCUAGUACAGCUAAGCUCUCCUCUGGAGUAUACCUCGGCAGUGAGGCCAGUGUGUCUCCCACACAGCGCAGAGCCUCUGUUUUCCUCCGAGAUCUGUGCUGUCACCGGAUGGGGAAGCAUCAGCAGAGAUGGUGGCCUAGCAAGUCGCCUACAGCAGAUUCGGGUGCAUGUGUUAGAAAGAAAGGUCUGUGAAUACACUUACUACUCUGCGCAUCCAGGAGGGAUCACAGAGAAGAUGAUCUGUGCUGGCUUUGCCACAUCUGGAGAGAAAGAUUUCUGUCAGGGAGACUCUGGUGGACCACUAGUAUGUAGACAUGAAAAUGGUCCCUUUGUCCUCUAUGGCAUUGUGAGCUGGGGAGCUGGCUGUGUCCAGCCAUGGAAGCCGGGUAUAUUUGCCAGAGUGAUGGUCUUCUUGGACUGGAUCCACUCCAAAAUCAAUGAUCCUGCUUCACUUCAGACAAAUAAGUGCAAAACCUUAAAACAAUUGCCACCGCCCACACCUUCACCAGACAGUGCAUCUUGGCCAGGUUGUUGCUCUGAAGCAGAGCAAGAAAAGCUCAGAGGAUUUUUUCCCAUUCCACAAUAUCCACUGAAUUACAGCAGAAGACUGGAAUGUUCUUGGGUGCUCCGAGUUUCUCCAAGCAGUAUAGUGAAAUUUACCAUCGAGUAUCUGUCACUCCUGGGGUCUCCUGUGUGUCGAAACUCAGUUCUAAUUAUUUAUGAAGACAGACCCAGGAAGAGAAAGAUGGCAGGUGGAUUAUGUGGGAGAAGACUUUACCCAAUGACUUUCAUGAGUCCUGGACCGCUGGUGAGGGUGACAUUCCAUUCCCUUGUACAAGGUGCAUUUGGCAUAAGCUGUAUUGUCUUCCAAGUCCUAGGUCCAAAAGUCAGUAAAAUAACCAGACUUCCCCAAAGUUCAAACAGAGAGCAUUUGGUCCCUUGUGAGAAUGUUCUUCUGACUAAGCCAGCAGGGAUCAUGCAGAUCCUAAGAAAUUCUCACAGAACUACUGUGAGUUGCCAGUGGAGGUUAGUAGCACCUUUAAAUGAUGUCAUUCAGCUUAAUAUUAUCAACUGCCCAAUGAAGCUAACAUCUUUGGUCUGUGAAGGACAUCUGCGUGUUUACAAAGGAUUUGGACCAGGAAAAAAAUUAAUAGGAGAAUGUUGAUGAGCACUGAGCUUUCUUGGUUCCUAAGCCAAUUUAGCACCAAGAAGACCACAGCUUCUUGUGGGAAGACUGCAGUAUCUAUGAAAAUAAUGUAUUCUUCUACCUUUCUUGCCAUACAGAACUGUUACCAUGCACUGCCUCACAAGGUUGUUUUGAGAAUUAAAUAAGAAAAGACAUGUUAAUCUCUAAGAA